GCGAGCGGUCCGGUCAGCUGGAGGUACCUGUCGGAGACUUCCUAACAGGCGAGCUGCUGAGCUCAGUUGCGCCGGGGGACGCGUGGUAAACUAAAGGGGAGGACCUGCUAAACCGAGCGGUGAGGCGGAGGAGCUUCUGGCCGAUCGAGAUCACUGAGACCGGUUCCAUGGCUCCUGCUGGCGCCUUCAGACACCUGACCCUGGCGCUGGGAGCGGCGGUAGCAGCCCUCGGUUCCCUCCUUUUCAUCGCGUGGAAAAUCUACUUCCGAGACGCUAACGACAGCUGUGUCGGCUGGAGAGGACGCUGGGAGCAGCAGCUGGAAGCGGAGCUGCGGGCGUGUAACGCGCGUCAGGAAGCGGAGCAACCACAUUACUGCGAAUACCAAGUUUUGGUUCUCGGUUUGGAUGGGGCUGGAAAAAGCACAAUUCUUCACUACGUGUGUAGUCCAGAAGCCAAGAAGCACGUAGCACCUACUCAAGGCUUCAACUCAGUGCAGCUGCAGGCCAGUGGGCUUCAGAUGGACCUUCUAGAAGUUGGUGGGAGCCAGAAUCUACGCUUCUACUGGAACCAGUAUCUAAGCAAAGCCCACAUUUUGGUGUUUGUUGUAGACUCUGCAGACGGCCCACGCCUUCACAUUGCUCGGCAGGAGCUCCACUGCCUGCUAGCUGAGGACCCUCAGCUGCCUUUGAUAGUCUUAGCUAACAAGCAGGACAAGAGUGAUGCCCUGAGUGUGGCAAAAUUGCAAGAAGAGCUGGCCUUGCACAACCUGGACAGUCAGAGGAAAUUCUUUCUCUUGCCCACAAGUGCUACUUAUGCUGGACUGGCCACUGCAAACAGUGUUCUUCAUUUGAAGCACCUGCUGGUCAAACUCCUUGCCCAUUCAAGCAAGAUGGACUCUCUGUGAUUGUUCCUCUCAGCAAUUACUGGGGGGGCGGCUUUUCCCGCAUAGUCAGGAAGCCUUUGUUCUUAAAAGCCCACUUCUAGGGAUUUGCUAAAUGCCUUUGGAGGAAGAAUCCCACCUAUCAAUAUAGCCUUGGAGAUAAUUCCUAUUGUUCUGGGUAAGAAGGAAGCAAAACAAAGGCAAAGGACAUUUCUUGGGGUGGGGGGACAUCAAUCAAUCUCUGAGACCUACUGGAAGCAGCUGCUGAUCUUUUCACAAUCUUAAGGAACUGUAAUACCAAUAGUUGCACUAAGACUUUACAUUUUUCUUUACAGGAUCUACUAUAGCUGACUUUAUAAUAAGUAGGAAGAGAAAAUGCAAUUACUUUACAUGGAGGUAGCUAAGACUUCACUUUGCCUAUGAAAUGGCCUUGUUAUUUCAAAAGCUGGGGAUUAAUCUUGCUCCUGAAAGACCACUUCAUCCUGGCUGCAAUUAAUUGGAAGUGGUGUGCACUGAAACUGAUGGCCUUUCCAGGGUUUGAGGGGUCCUAGGUAGAUUACCUUGUAACGCUAAGCACGUUAGACCAAUUGUGCCUCUGAGAAUAGCU